AUGUGGGCCGGCGCAAAGCGCGUCGGCCGCGGCGCGCUCAUCCUCGGCGGUGUGCUGUACGUCGGAACUGGAAUAUAUGCAGUCAGCCGCCAGUACAGCACGUUCAGGGAGUACGUGACCCUGCCUGACGCCUUUUAUUUGGAGCUGGACCUUGAGACAGCCUCCCUGGCGGAGCGCGCCCGCAGCGACCCGCUGGCGCUGCUGCAGGGCGGGGGGCAGCAGCUGGAGCUGGGGCGCGCGCUGCAGGCGCUCGACGAGGGGAAGCAUGAUGCGCGCGUGCAGGGCCUGCUGGCGCUGCUGGGGGGCCGCGAGCAGUUUGCGGGUCUGGCCCAGGUGCAGGAGCUGCGCAAUGCCCUCAUAGACUUCAGGCUCCACUCCCGCGGCCGCGCGCCGGCCGUCGCCUACAGCAACUCAAUCGGCGAGGGCGGCGCCAACGCGACCGCCGUCGCCUACCUGGCCUCCGCCUUUGACCGCGCCUAUGUGGCGCCCACUGGCAUGGUGUCUCUCCUGGGCUUUGAUGGCAGCCUGGUGUUCUACAAGCGGCUGCUGGACAGGGUGGGGGUGGCGCCGCAGGUUUUUCGGAGGGAGGAGUAUAAGUCGGCGAUGGCCCCGCUGCUGAAUGAGAAAUACGAUCCGCACCACAGGUGA